AUGAAGAUAUUUAUUUUACUCGCUUUAGUUAUAUUUUCGACGGCACACAAAAACAAAGAGAGCAAACCAAACAAAGAAAAUAAAGCACAACAAAAGAAAAAAGAAACAAAGAGUGUUGUGAAGCAAAUGCUUAUUAAUAUUCUCUCUUUCUUUUCUGCUCACUCAUUUGGAAAAAAUCACAACCACAACAAUGCGACUCAAAGCAAUCAAACAAUCAUUCAAAAUAAUACUCUCACAAAUCAUACUAAACCUAACAAACCUCAUAGACAUCAAAAUGAUACAAAACCAGAACAUCACCAUGAAAGGAAUCAAACAAAUUCUAUUUCAUGUGAUAACACUACUCAUCCUUGUGACAACGAUAAACCACACCAUCAUCAUCAUCGCCACCAUCACCACCAUAAUGAAACCGAAGGACUAAACAAAACUCAUGUUGAUGUAACUAAGAAUUUUGAUAACAACGAGACUCAACACAGUGAAGACCCACAUUUUAAACCACACCAUCAUCACAACAGACAUGAUCACCAUCCCCAACACCACCACGAAGAUGAUAAUAAUAACAUACAGAACAAUAAUGAAACUCAACAAUUUAUUAAAGAACACAAACAAAAAAAUAGAAGAGAGUACAAAAGAAAUAGAAAAGGAGAAGUUAAAAACUAA